AUGGAAUCGCAAGCCGUAUCAAGCACCAAACUGGUGGCUGUGCUUCCACCUCCUAACUUCGGAAGGAAGAGAGACGUUGAGGAGGCUCUUAACCAGCUCGAAUCUAAUUCUAAUCAUUCAAAUAUCUUAUGCGAUGGUCUCCAUAUGCUACUCGAGCAGCUUAGGAGCUAUAUUGCCGGUGGCGGCGAUCUGAGCCUCUCUCUACAAAUCGCUCUCUAUCUAUCCUCUGCCACUACGGUUUUAGUUGUCCGGCAACAGAUACAAGUCAUAUUGCUUUACGGUGCCUUUGCAACUUAUUGUUACUUUCAGAGCAAACAAGACAACUCUUUGUUGAUGAAGGAUAUCCCGGAGCAGCCAUACGGCUUCUGA